AUGAGUAUUUAUUUGGUUGUUGUUGUUGUGAAAGCUGCUGAGGGCAAAGGUGUGUGCAGACAGUUUUGUGUGGUGGUAAAAAGUUUACCUGGAUUACCUGGAUUUUCGGGUAAACUUGUUUUACCUGGAAAACGCCGUGUGAUGACACGCGGUCGUAACGAGUGCUCGGUGGACAUUGGGGGUGAGGGGCGCAAGAAGUCGGCCGGACGAGGUGCGCAACGCAGACAACUGGCUCAGCCUCGCACGCCUAUCGGCACCAAAUUCGUACACAAACACACCUCAACGGAGCCGUCCGGUUCAUCAGGCCACAAGAAGAGUGUCAUCGAGCAGUGGAUGGAGUCGGUGGCGGAUGCGGGUGUGCGUGGGGUGCGCAAGGAAUUCAUUAGAGAAAUCAAAAACUAUACGCCGAGUGGCCCGCAGACAGCGUGGGAGAACGAGAAAAAUUUCGAUAAGAAUAGAUACGAUGAUAUCCGUUUACUUGAUAAAACACGAGUGAUCAUUAAGAAUAGUGGUAAGACGAUAUGA